GGUUAAAGCUAGCUGGCUAGCUGUUAACUCAGACUGACGCCAUUAGUUGGAGAAAAGAAGGCGUAAGAAUCAAGGAGAAACGACCCGUUUCCCAUUUUAUGAUCCGUUCUCCUUUCGCAGCCGACGGAUACUGUUGAAAGUCAGGGUCGUGUGAGCUGGACCGGAGCUGCUCUGAUGCUUUUAGCCUCUUUUUAAAGUCGGAAGUCGGAGUAAGGUUCGGACGGGGUUAGCAUUGUUAGCAGCUCGAGAAUAAGCGUCUGUUUUUCUGGAUAAAAUCUCGAGGAUUUCCUGACUAAAGUGACACCAUGGCAACAGCGGGGGCGGCCGGGAGCAGCGGCAGAACCUACUCCUUUAAAGUGGUCUUACUGGGGGAAGGCUGCGUGGGGAAAACGUCUCUGGUGCUGAGAUACUGCGAGAACAAAUUCAACGACAAACACAUCACAACUCUGCAGGCGUCCUUCCUCACAAAGAAGCUUAACAUCACAGGGAAGAGGGUUAACCUGGCCAUUUGGGACACGGCAGGUCAGGAGCGUUUUCACGCGUUAGGUCCAAUCUACUACAGAGACUCCAAUGGAGCCAUUCUAGUGUACGACAUCACAGACGAAGACUCCUUUCAGAAGGUGAAGAACUGGGUGAAAGAGCUGAGGAAAAUGUUGGGAAACGAGAUUUGUUUAUGCAUAAUAGGUAAUAAAAUAGAUUUGGACAAAGACAGAAACGUCUCAGUGGAAGACGCUGAGAGCUAUGCAGAGUCGGUGGGAGCCAAACAUUACCACACAUCAGCCAAGCUAAAUAAAGGCAUCGAGGAGCUGUUCUUGGACCUGUGUAAACGGAUGAUGGAGACGGCUCAGGCGGAGGAGAGAGCAAAGGGCAACGGAGCCAGCCAAUCAUCAUCAAGUAGGCGGGGUGUACAGAUCGUCGACGACGAGCCGCAGGCCACGCCCGCCGGAGGAUGCUGCUCCACUGGAUAACACACACACACACACACACACACACACACACUGCCUGCAUACAUAAAACCAACACACACCUUUAUCCGUCUGUCCUCCAGUUCGUCCGCUCAAAAAUAUCUCUGCCUCUGCUGCUGAGGAUCAUGGGAAAUCCUAUUUAAGUUAGUUUCAUCUGCUCCUAAAUAAAAGCCCUUCAGAUUUAUCCGAGUGUGCUUUUGUAGCACUUUGAUCUGUGCAACGAGUCUGUAUCUUCAAACCGCUGCUCUGUAACAUUAAACAUGGCGGCUCCUGGGAUAUUUUCAGUUGUUUGGCGACUAAGCUGCUUUACUGACCUUCAUUAACUUUCAUCGGGGAGUAAAAACAUGUUAUUAAGGAGCACGCUGGCAGUCGGUGGUGCAAUGGCUCCACCUGCUGGGCGAAUGUGACAGAAACCUUAAAGGAGAGUUCAGAGUUUUCUUUUAAUCAGCUGGCAGUAAAAAUGCAGACACACCCUCAAUGUUCCAGCAGCGUCUGUGGAACAAGUCAGGAAACGUUUGACAUUUGCUCCGUAGCUGCAGAAAUACAGACGCUGGGUUUGCUUUCUUAGAAAAAGCUCUGAGCUCAGCCUUUAAUGCGUUCAAGUCACUUAUUAAAUAUAAAGCAUUCACUAAAUAACUCUGUACGUAAGCAGAAAGUGAACCUGUUCAGCUGUGGAAAGUUACUGCUAGGAUUCAUCUUUUAUUAAAUUUUAUAAACUGUGUGAGAAAAUCUAUUUUAGACGAACAGACGGAGGAAACUCAGCUUCAUAACCUUAAUAGUAACUGAUUUCCGCUCCGAUGUUGUUCCUCUUUUUUGAUUUGUAACUUUAAAAGACAUGUUGCCGACAGAAAAUCAAACAUGGAUGGAAAUAUUUAUCAGUUGUCAGAUAUUUUAAUUGUUAAUAAAAGAUGUAAAAACAAAAAGUGAUGUAUUUGUCUAAAGGGGUCCAGUCUGUGACGACUGAAGCAGAAAAAUACAGCUACACCUAUAAAUGUUUGCAUUUUUCUUGCUCUGUUUUCAGUUAUUUUGUUUAACUUCAGUUUGAUUUUGGAGAAACCUCUAGUUGCUAAAAGUUUAAAUAACGAAACCCUAAAGCUUUUUAUUCUGUCAGUUUUAAACAUUGAAUCAGAGCUGCAGCUUUUCUCUUCAGAUCAAUGAUUUCUGCUCUGAAACACGCUGAAAUAUUUAAAAAAACCCAAAUUUACAUCGAAGGAUGACUCGUUUCUCCAAGAUUCAAAAUAUUUUUUACAUUUAAAGAGGAAAUCUAACAAAAAUAAUCACAUAAAAGAAGCUGAAAUGAACAACAAUGUGCAUUUAUGUCUAAAUAAAUGUGUUGUGUUGAUGUGCCAUUAUUAAUGAUUGUAUGAGGAAUCUCCCCACUUGGCUCUGCUCCUCUUCAUCACUUAACGUUUUGAUUUUCUGACUCCCAGAACAGAGAACCUAAACUGUGCAUGUUUGAUUCCUGUAAACAGCUUUGUUUGUCUCACUUUUCAACUAAAUAAAAUAAGUUAUUUUACAGUGA